CUGUACAGAGCCCAGCGCCCAUUUCUCGCUUCCUUUUUUUAUCGGAGAGAGGUGAGAGGAAUAAAAAGAAAAGAGAGGGAAAGAAAACCUCUUCAACUCGUAUCCCUUCCCCCUCAUUUCUUCUAACUCCCAUUCGACGCUGACGCAUUUUGGACCCGAUAAAGCCAGAACUAGGGUUUCGUAAUCCUGUCUUUCGGUUCUCCCGCUUCUUUUACUCCUCGAACUCUCCUCCUCGGCAGCGAUUCUACCCGGCCACCGUUUCUAGGGUUUCCGUACUCGAUCCGCCAUGGCGGCGGAGAAGCUGAGGGAUUUGAGCAAGCCGAUCGAUGUCCCGCUCCUCGACGCUACGGUCGCUGCCUUUUAUGGCACGGGAUCUAAAGAAGAGAGGGCAGCGGCAGACCAUAUACUAAGGGACCUUCAGAACAACCAAGAUAUGUGGCUCCAAGUGGUUCACAUUUUGCAGAAUUCUCAAAAUUUGAACACUAAGUUCUUUGCUCUUCAGGUGUUAGAAGGUGUUAUCAAGUACCGGUGGAAUGCCUUGCCAACUGAACAGCGAGAUGGUAUAAAAAACUACAUAUCGGAUCUCAUUGUCCAACUUUCAAGUAAUGAAGUUUCUUAUCGUCGAGAGAAACUGUAUGUUAACAAACUUAACAUCAUACUUGUUCAGGUUCUUAAACACGAGUGGCCAGCUAGAUGGCAGUCAUUUAUUCCUGAUUUGGUUACAGCUGCCAAAAGUAGUGAAACAAUCUGUGAGAAUUGUAUGGCUAUAUUAAAGCUUCUUAGUGAGGAAGUUUUUGAUUUUUCAAGAGGGGAGAUGACACAGCAAAAAAUUAAGGAUCUCAAGCAAUCAUUGAACAGUGAGUUUCAACUUAUUCAUGAGUUGUGUUUAUAUGUGCUGUCGGCAUCUCAAAGGACAGAGCUUAUACGUGCUACUCUAGCAACACUUCAUGCUUUUCUAUCUUGGAUACCUCUGGGUUAUAUUUUUGAAUCUCCAUUGCUGGAGACACUGUUGAAAUUUUUUCCGGUUCCUUCAUAUAGAAAUCUUACUCUUCAGUGUUUAACAGAGGUUGCUGCGCUACAAUUUGGUGAGUUUUAUGACAUUCAGUAUGUCAAGAUGUAUACAAUUUUCAUGGUGCAGUUACAGGUUAUUCUCCCACCGGGAACAAAUAUUCCAGAAGCUUAUGCUAAUGGUUCUAGUGAAGAGCAGGCAUUCAUCCUAAACCUUGCGUUAUUCUUCACUUCAUUUUUCAAGUCUCAUAUUCAAGUAUUGGAAGCAGCUGAUGAGAAUAGGGCUGCUUUGCUAUUGGGGCUUGAAUAUCUCAUUGGAGUAUCUUAUGUUGAUGAGACCGAAGUUUUCAAGGUUUGCUUGGACUACUGGAAUUUACUAGUCCUCAAGUUGUUUGAGGCUCACAAUACGUUGGAUAAUCCUGCCCUUGCUGCAAGCAUCUUUGGGCUUCAGGUUCCUGGGAUGGUUGAUGGUCUUGGUUCACAAGUACUACUCCGCCGUCAACUUUAUGCUGGUCCACUUUCAAAGUUGAGAAUGCUUAUGAUUAGUCGAAUGGCAAAGCCUGAAGAAGUUCUGAUUGUUGAAGAUGAAAAUGGAAAUAUUGUCCGGGAAACAAUGAAAGACAAUGACGUUCUUGUCCAAUAUAAGAUCAUGAGAGAAACAUUGAUAUACUUGACACACCUUGAUCAUGAGGACACUGAGCAACAGAUGUUGAAGAAAUUAAGUAAACAGCUAAAUGGCGAAGACUGGACAUGGAACAACUUGAAUACUUUGUGCUGGGCAAUUGGAUCCAUCUCUGGAUCAAUGAUGGAAGAACAGGAAAAUAGAUUUCUGGUGAUGGUCAUACGAGAUUUAUUAAGUUUGUGCGAAAUUACAAAGGGAAAAGAUAACAAAGCAGUUAUUGCUAGUAAUAUAAUGUAUGUUGUUGGGCAGUAUCCACGGUUUUUAAGGGCUCAUUGGAAGUUUCUGAAAACAGUGGUGAACAAGUUAUUUGAAUUCAUGCAUGAGACACAUCCGGGUGUUCAGGAUAUGGCAUGCGAUACUUUUCUGAAAAUUGUUCAAAAAUGUAAGCGGAAAUUUAUAAUUACACAGGUAGGCGAGAAUGAGCCAUUUUUAUCUGAACUCCUGUCAAGCCUUGCAUCUACCGUUGCAGAUCUUGAGCCUCAUCAGAUUCAUACAUUUUAUGAAGCUGUUGGUCAUAUGAUUCAAGCAGAACCCGAUCCUGCUAGAAGAGAUGAGUACCUGAAGCGGUUAAUGGAUCUUCCUAACCAGAGAUGGGCUGAAAUUAUUGGCCAGGCUAGUAGAAGUGUUGAUAUAUUAAAAGAUCAAGAUGUAAUAAGGACAGUUCUUAAUAUACUGCAGACAAACACAAGUGUUUCUACUUCUCUGGGGCCAUUUUUCUUGCCACAAAUAACAUUGAUAUUCUUGGACAUGCUAACAGUUUAUAGAAUGUACAGUGAGCUAAUAUCUAACUCUAUAGCAGAAGGGGGGCCAUUUGCUUCGAGAACAUCUUUUGUGAAACUUCUUCGAUCAGUUAAGCGGGAAACACUGAAGUUGAUUGAAACAUUUGUUGACAAAGCUGAAGAUCUACCACAAAUUGGAAAGCAGUUUGUACCUCCAAUGAUGGAUCCUGUUCUUGGUGAUUACGCCAGAAAUGUACCUGAUGCGAGGGAAUCUGAAGUCUUGUCAUUAUUUGCUACAAUUAUAAACAAGUAUAAAAGCUUAAUGAUAGAAGAUGUACCUCGCAUAUUUGAAGCAGUGUUCCAGUGCACUCUAGAGAUGAUCACGAGGAAUUUUGAAGAUUACCCAGAGCAUCGAUUGAAGUUCUUUUCUUUAUUACGUGCCAUUGCCACACACUGUUUUCAAGCUUUAAUUCAGUUAUCAUCUCAGCAAGUAAAGGUAGUUAUGGAUUCAAUAAUCUGGGCUUUUCGGCACACCGAAAGGAAUAUUGCUGAAACUGGCCUCAACCUUCUGAUUGAGUUAUUGAAGAACUACCAAGUUUCAGAGUUCCGUAAUCAAUUUUACAGAACUUACUUCUUGAUAAUUGAGCAAGAAAUUUUUGCCGUCUUAACGGACACAUUCCAUAAGCCAGGAUUCAAGCUACAUGUAUCGGUGCUUCAGCUUUUGUUCGGCCUGGUUGACUCUGGCUCACUGACUGAGCCUCUGUGGGAUGCCUCAUCAGUUCCUUAUCCAUUCCCCAAUAACACGGCAUUUGUCCGGGAUUACACCAUCAAAUUGCUAGGAAGCUCGUUUCCAAAUAUGACUCCUGCAGAGGUGACUCAGUUUAUCGAUGGGCUUUUUGAAUCAAAGCAUGAUAUCCAUGCUUUUAAGAACCAUAUUCGAGAUUUUCUAAUUCAAUCUAAAGAAUUCUCUGCUCAGGACAACAAAGAUCUAUAUGCUGAAGAGGCUGCUGCACAGAGAGAAAGGGAACGCCAACGAAUGCUUUCCAUCCCAGGGCUGGUUGCUCCCAGCGAGCUACAGGAUGACAUGGUGGAUUCGUAGCUUCAGGAAUGCGAUUAUUGAUUACCAUCUUUUGCAUUGUUUUCGCUAGAGAUGAGUUCAAAGAAGCCACUACAACUUUCCUUUUCCGCUAAUUUCCCCUCGUGAUCCAAUACCACCAGAUGGAAGGAAAUGAGUGGCACAGAUCUAGCGGGUGAGGCUUUCUUAUGAUUAUUUGGGAUCUCAGAUGGUGUGCAGUUAGAAGAUUUUCUUAUGAUUGUGUAUUUAGGUUUGAUUAUAGUUGAUUGGUUUUUUUUUUUUUAAUGCUGUUUCUACUUCAAUUUUCAAAGAUCAGCAAGAUGAUGCGAUUCAUCAGCCUGAUGUAUUCUGAUGGACUGUGAGAAACGUUUCAUUCUAUGCUGUGGGAAACAAUCUCCAUUUUUGUAACUUGUGCUUUUCACCCCUAGUACAAAGUAUUUUUUUGGCUUAUUUAGAAAAAAAAAAAAAAGAGAGAUUAUGCUAUAAUUGACUACUGGGAGGU